AUGUCACCCACCAUCUACAUUUUGAAUGUCACUAGCAUUGUCAAGCGACAUGCUAUUAAACAUUUGAGAUGUGAUGUGUAUCAUCUCCACCCUGACAUCAUUGUCAUCACCGAGUCAUGGCUUAGGCCAGAUCACCCUGGUGCUUUUUUAAAGUGCAUUAUUGACAGUGAACCAUACUUCAUCUGCGCCAUCUGUCAUCCACCAAAUCAUCCAUCAUACGAAGUCUCCUUCUUGAUGGGUUACAUCGAUGAACUCUCCAACACUUCGUUGGGGAGCGACUCAAAACUCAUCAUUGGGGGUGACUUCAACUCGACCAUCAUUUCAUCCUUCAAACAGGUCUACAUCCUAUAUUCGGGGAUUCCACCCACCACGGCCACAACCAUGACAGAAUAUAUGGGAUUAAUGUAA